UCACUAAUAGGAUGAGAAAGCGCAAGUAACCGAGUGAAGGAUCGUUCACAGAAUUGUGUCACAAAACGCCAUUUAUAUCAACCAGGGAGAUCUUAUUCAUGAGAGCUAAACUUGCCUUUCUUUCAUCUAGUCUCGCCCCCAACUCCCAUGAUCAUACAGUGAAUUACUUGAUUAAGAAGACGUCCUGACCCGCUCAUCGUACUGUUUUAACUCUGAGCAAAUAUGUAAAACGCCAUGCGCAGUAAUAUCCUGCGGUUACUUUAAUAAGGAGACAGAAGUCAUCGUUGUAAUUGCCAUCAAUGCCGAGCUAGCAGCGCAUAAACCUCUAAUAAACAUCACCUGUUGAAUACUUCUUCACAAUCCAUUCUUCCAGCUUUCUCAUAAUUGUUGUAAUACAAUUUGACCAAUAAUCGGUGGACAUAAUCAGGUAUUUGGGACAAUAUUGUGUUGGAAAAGUACAUCAUUAUUUGGAUCGUUUCCCUUUAUUACUUUUGUGUAUUUACCAGCGCUGGAAGAUAAACUAAUUUAUUCGUAGUCUUCCAAGUGGCUACAGGCAUUUUUAUUCUUGUUUGAAUUUUCAACGAACUUAUUUUCCCCGCCAUGGAGGCAAGAAAACAGUGUUGGGUAUUGAUGGUGUGCAUCGUAUUAUCAAUGUGCCUUAUCACAACCAGUGCCACAGUCUUAGAAAACUUACUACAGGGUAGGACACCCAAUAUGAUUGAAAAACGAAAUUCCAAUCGAUGUUUGAAUUGCGGAAAUUUUAACUGUGUUAUGCUCUGUAUGGAUAAAAGGAAUUACGAUCCGGCAGAAGAAUUCGAAUUGGCUGUACAACAAAGAACAGAAGAGGAACCAAGAUGCAUACUUGACGAGAUAUUACAGGAGUUACCAGAAAAUGCCAAAGCUGAAUUAUUUGACGUGAUAAUGCGUUGGGUAGACUACGACUGAAUAUGUUCUCUCUCAUCCCAUCUUUUUUUUUUUUUACUUUAGUCCGUGCACUCCUUUCAUCAGAUGUCCAUAAAGUGCUCUCAUAAAUCAUCGACAUUCUUCAUUUCAAAAAUCAUAUUCUCCUUUUUAACUUAUAAUGGGUUUUUAAUGGUAAUAAUGAAUGUGUGACCUAUUAAAUGCGCGGUGUUAUGAAAGUGCUAUAUCCGGUCGAUGGCCGAUAUUUUUAGCUAUACGAGCAAACUAUAAAUAAAAACGAGUAGUAUCACUUGAGGCCUGUCAAAGUAUUAUUGACAGAUUAAUACUUCAUCAUCAAGAAUUUAUAGAUGCAAUUAAUAUUCUAUUCUUUCCACGUUUCUUGGUCUAUAUAUUUUUUUAUAUUAAUAGAGUUUGAGUUCAUCAACGUAUUAAUAUUCGAUCGAGGUUCACCGUCACAUUUAAAACCUUUUUACGAGUACCGUUAUUAUAUUAGGGUAUUUUUCAGCCCCAGUAACAGAUCAUUAUGGAAAUCAAUGUGAUUUGUGAAAAUGGAUUUUUGUUUCUUACUUUUACAAAACAAAACAUAUUCGAUUUGUGAAUAUCAUAAAACAUGGUAUUGAAGCUUCUGCUAAACCUGAAUUUCGUGCUUUCUUGUUUAGUGAAAUUAGUCCUACACCUUUAGAAAACUUUAUUUAUAACGUGAAAUUAAAUUGGCAAUGAAUUUUUGAAAAAUAAAUAUGAUUGCACAAUAUAUCUAUAUGUUUCAAAUGUUCUGAGCAUUUAUUCUACUCAUUUCGUAUAACAUAAUUAUUAUCAUAGACUUUAUCAUGUUGGAAUGCAUAUCCCGGCAGGUUGUUUGUAUACAUCUUGUUUACUAUGUAAAAGGAAAAUUAAUCUGUUGCUUAACCUAUAGUAGAUGGCGAGUGUCACAUUAAAGAAGUAUUCCUACGUUUUAUGUAUACAGUUUCAUUUUUUAAAGGAAAAUGAAUACUACUUUUCUGAAUCUUUAUUGAACCCCGAAUGGUCAUUACAUUGUCAACAAAAUGUCAUCUGCAUGUUUGUUCAAAGAGUUGAAUAAUUAUAACAAAUGAGCAAAAAUAACAUGAAUAACAAUCAAUGAACAACGAUGAAAGGGCAUUGACAGAAAUCGUAACAAAGCGAUAAUAACAAUCUUGCAAUAUAUUCAGAACUUAAAUACCUAAAAAAAUAAAAUCAAAGCAUUAGUUCUGGGAAAAUUCGUAUGCAUGCUUAGCAAUGCUUGGCUCUAUUAAUUAUAAUUUAAAACUUGUUUAUGUUACUUGUUUCCUGGUAUCGUUCUAAUGAAUUUCUAAUUUGGAUCAAAUCUCAAGAAUAUAGAGAAAGAAAAACAACAAUAUCAAUUCAAUAUCUAAUCAGUAUAAUCUUAUGCGGGGGAUUCAGCCUUUGACGAUUUCAUGAUUUUUUUAUACCAGACUGAUUGUUAAUUUCCUCAAAGAUAUUUGAAGGAUUUAUGUUUGUAAUUUACUCGUAGCAUGAGAGGCGCCGAUCAAAAAGGUGAAUGGAACUGAUAUGUAUACGUUGUUGGAAGGAGAGAUGAAGAAAAGUCAAUGUAUCAGGUGUUUCAUCACGAUAACUUAAAAGAGUAUAUCAUUUUGGCUUUUAAGAUUAUUUUCAUUAUUGAUCUGAAUUUAGUUAAUGAGUUUUAUUGGGGGAAUAUUCAUGAAAUUCUGCAAAAUGUAGCUAUAAGCUCUAAUAAUGAUAGCAAUUUUUAAGAACGAUUAAGUAGAAAAACUGGAAUUCACAAGUAGAUUUGUUUUUUCUUUGUUUUACCCGUGAAAAACUAUAUCACAUGCAAAGAAAUAAUCCCGAAUUUUAGUAAUUUAAACACUAAUUCACCUAUAGAAAAUCACUUUUUUCUAAGGUCAUCAGUCAUGAUAAUCUUCCGAUAUCUAAAAUCACAAGUAUAAAGCCAUAACUACAAAUGCAACGUUGUCUUCAAAAUUGAUUAGAAUAGUUAUGUUCGCAUUGACUUAACGUGGGCGUUUGAUAGUAUAGAUUAUGAUUCUUUUUAUGAUGGUAGCGAUAAGUUUGAGCUUACUAUUAGUAUUAUUAAGGUAAUAUUAUUUUUUCCUACCAUUAUUAUUUAUCUUCAUCAUUGUAAUGGUACAUACAGGGGGUAGGCAGUGGGGUGGAGGUGCACAGGGCCGGAGCUAGAGCGGGGUAUGGGGGUGGGACACCCCAAACAUUCACGGUAAUCGGCAAAUUCAUGUACCAGUUGGUAAAAUAGAGGAUAGGAGAGAAAAAGAGAGAAAGAAAGAGAGGGAGGAAAAAUAAAAAGAGAA